GAGCUGUCAACUGCUCCCACUCCAUCACUACGCAGAUCAGAUCCCCGCGAUGGGCCAACCCUCCCAGUUCGAAUUUCACCUUGCGGACAGGCUAGGCUACAGCCUGGGCCAUGACAGCGCCGCAGGAUUCCGUCUGAACGGGAUGUUCUACUUCUGGAAACAAACGCUGGGCUUCAACCUCCAUCCCACGAUCGCAGGAGCCCUACGGACCCCGAACCCUCGCAUCGCCGAUGUGGCCACCGGCACGGCCAUCUGGCUGUUAGACCUGGCCAGAGAACGUCCGGAUACAUUCCUGGAAGGGCUGGAUAUGACGCUCGAGAAGGCGCCCGCGGUCGAAUGGCUCCCGGCCAAUAUCACUUUGCGGGAAUGGAACCUGCAUGAUGAGGUGCCCCCGGAGCUCGAAGGGAAAUUCGAUGUCGUGCAUCUGCGGCUGCUCAUCAUCGUGGUUGAGAACGGUGACCCAUCGCCGAUCAUCCGCAAAGUCGCCCGGAUGCUGAAGCCCGGAGGAUGGAUCCAGUGGGAUGAAUAUAGCCUGCAAGGGAUGCGGGUUGUUAAAGCCAGACCGGAGGUGAAAACGGAAGCGUUAGAGUCACUCGGUCAGUUCUGGGAUGCCAACGGUCGACAGGACUGGGUCGAUCAUCUCCCGGAUAGCUUGGAGAAAGAGGGAUUCACCAGGACGCAGAUCACUUAUUAUGGGCCGCUCCUGGAGUAUCUCAGGGCUGAAGACGAGGCGUUUAUCGUGACGUGUGAAGAAACCGCCCAUACCCUGGCCUCUAAGGGACAGGUCGACGCGGCUAAAGAUCUUUAUCAACUGGCUCAGCAGGGGUCGUUGGAGAUUUUAGCUGGUGCGGCACUUGCCACUAAUAAGGUGGUGUGUAUUGCUCAGAAGCCGGCUGCAAUGGUGCAUAGGAAUGCCGCUGGGCCAGAAGGUGCAAGGAUGCAGUGA